ACCCUCGCUUUACGGCCUGGCGUGUUUUGCGACGCCCAAGAUGGCUGCCCCCAGGGUAGAAUGAGCCCUCUCCGGCCGCUGCCGUGCAGUCUGAGGGAAUACGGGCAGGCAGUGCAGCUGCCGUGGGGUUUCACCGUCCGGGGCUCAGCCGGCCGCUGACGGCGGGUGCGGUGGCGUUCUCCUCUGGCCGCAGCGAGCGAGGAGGGGGACUUGUUCGCGCCUGCCUGGUGUGCAGGGCCAUUCCGGGGCGCGUAACAGGAGAGAGGAGUCGGCUCUGGGAGCCUCGCCGGGACGGCGGGGGGAAUGUGGGGCGCCUUGCUGCGGCGCGGAGGCCGCGGCCCAGGCUGCCUCCGGGGUCUGGCGUCGGGCGGCCCACCCUGGAGCCAGGUGGUGUCGGAGGCCGAGAAGAUCGUGGGGUACCCGACGUCUUUCAUGAGCUUGCGGUGCCUGCUGAGCGACGAGCUCAGCAACAUCGCCAUGCAGGUCCGCAAGCUGGUGGGCACCAAGCAUCCGCUGCUCGACACCGCCCGGGGUUUUGUGUAUGAUAGCCGACAUAACUUACAGAUGCGGGGCUUGGUCGUAUUGCUUAUUUCCAAAGCUGCUGGACCCAGCACAGCAGACAUCUCUUUCCAGCACAACAUGGUCAGUGGAAUUUAUUCCAGUCAAAGAAGUCUGGCUGAGAUCACAGAACUGAUCCACACUGCCUUUCUGGUGCAUCGUGGCAUAGUGAAUAUUGGUGAGCUGAAGUCCUGCGAUGGCCCGCUGAAAGAUAUGCAGUUUGGAAAUAAAAUGGCUGUUUUGAGUGGAGAUUUUCUUCUAGCAAAUGCUUGCACAAGCCUUGCACAGCUGAAGAAUACCAAGGUUGUGGAGCUCAUUUCAAGUGCUAUUGGUGACUUAGUUCAAGGUAUAUAUUAUGAAAACUCAAAGUCAUCUGAGGAGAACUGUCUUACAGAUGAUAUCUGCAUAUCCACGUGGAAGGAGCAGGCUUUCCUGUCACAUAGUGCCUUGCUGGCAAAGAGCUGCCAGGCUGCAAUGGAGCUAGCAAAGCACAGCGCUGAGAUUCAGGACACGGCAUUUCAGUAUGGAAAACACAUGUCUAUGAGUCAUAAGCUACAUUCAGACCUCCAGCCAUUUGUUAAAGAAAGUUCUACUGACACCGUGGCCUUCAGUUUGAAUUCUGCUCCUGCAGUCCUCCAUCAAGAAUUCCUUGGGAGGGAGGCAUGGAUUAAACAGAUCAGAGAGGCACAAGGAAAAGGAAAUAUAAUGGACUACAAGAAGCUGCAGGGAGCGAUCAAGGCCGGCAAAGGUGUGACAUCUGCCAUCGACCUCUGCCGCUUCCACGGAAACCGGGCGCUGGCGGCCCUGGAGCGCUUCCCUCCCUCCGAGGCCAGGGCCGCCUUGGCCAACAUCGUCUACGCCGUGACCCGCUUUCCCUGACCCACCGCCCCAGGAGGAGCUGCUCUCCCUCCGCCGGCAGGAGCACCACAACAGGGACCUCUACGGCACCCCGCACCGCCGGUCACCCCAUCAUCCCAACGGAGGGGUGCGCUGGCUGCCGCCGCCACCACCAGCACAAUUUGGAAGGGGGGAGUUACAAGAAGGUCAGAGCCGGCUCUCGCUUGCCGUGCCAGAAGCACACUUGAGGCUGCACCGGCAGAAAUAAUUAAUGAGUCCCGUUGCGUGACCUCAGCAAAUGGACAGGAAAUAAGUCGGUAUUGAUUGGGCACCGGCGGGGACGGCGCCAGGGCGGAGGCCGGUGGUUUUCCUGCCAGAGGGAGGGAUGUGAAGAUCCAGGUGUCACAGGAAACCUGCUCGAACCUGCCCAGGGAGAGCGAGCUGCCGAAGCCGGGAAUUAACACAGCCGCUCACCAAGUGCCCUGGGAAGGGCAGUUCGGGGGUUAACGGGGGAAAAUCCUCUGUCUGCCUGCGCGCAGCCCUGUCGCCUCACACUGUUUUUAUGUAUUCACAUGUAAAAUCACCCUGUGCUUAAUGCUUUCUGUAUUUGAGAAACUUGCUGAGAAAAUGUGUCACGCAUGGUAAGUAGGAGCUUUAAAAUAUUUAAUCAAAUAUUAAUUUGGCUCUGUUAAGGGAACUGAUUGCCUGGGUUUUAUACUGUGCGCAUAUGAUAUGUUGCUCUGGGUCAAAGGGGGUUUUCCAACUCUUCUGGGGGAGGGAAUACCCCUCCCUCAGAUCCAGCAGCAUGUUUCAACACAGUCUUGCACAAAAGAAUUUCCUAGGUUUGUGACACUUGUGUUUAAGCCAAAUAAAAGUUAAUUUGUAAGGCUAGACAUCGGCCUUUGGCAGAAAGGAAGAAGGAAUGUUCUUGUGUGCGCACAGUCUUUCACCACACAGAAUGUAAAGCAGAAAAUACUGGAGAAGUUUUGAACCUCAGCGUGUUGAAUGUUGAAGUCCAAUUACAGGCAGCGUAUAAGGUGUAUCAGAAGCCUGCAAUUUGAGACCGUCUCUGUUUUGUUCAUAGGAAAUGAUUUUUGUGGUUUGCAUGCAUGCAAUCUGAGAGCGCCGUUGACAAGAAGGCUGAGUUUACAUAAAUGAUCUAGAUUUGAGACUCAGCUACCUUUCUUCCUUCUGUGGUGUAAUUACAGCCCAAUCUGGAGACAGCUAGCACAGCAAACAGAUUUCAUUACAUCCCUCACUCAAACACUAAGUGGAGUUAUUUCUGUUAAGUUCUCCCCUCCCUCCUUCUCCCCCUGCACUCCUUCCCCUGUCACACAGCUUGUUUGUCAUAGACCAGCGUGUUGCAUUCCACCCAAUGCAAAAUAUAAAUAAAAACUCUGUCCUCUAAAAAUACACUGAAAAUACACCCUGCAUAUAAUGUACAUAAUAUUCUCUGUAAUAUAAGCCUAUAUUAAACCAUAACAAUUAUAUUUAUCAUAAGCAACUGUGAGGCACAAUCUGUGGUUAGGAGCAGCAGCCAGAACUCAGGUCUCACUUUGUUCUGGAGAAUGGCUUUGACACCAGGCCCCUUCUUGCUUGCACUUUCUUUCUCAUGCCUGCCCUGGCAUUUCCCGAGACUCUGAUGCUUCUGUUGCUGCAGCAGGAUGGCUGGAGGCAGAAGGUGAGCACGAGCAGUGUGGAUUAGCCAAGGCAGCAGCAGUCACCACCAGCCUUAGCUAACCACUGUUCAUUUUCACCUGUGAUAUUCCCAGAAGUUCUGCUAACGUAAAACAUGUGCUUGAAAGAAAUACCCAAAUUCAGCCGGGGUCCUAUUUCAGCUUUUUUUGGCUCUGCUUUUUACAUAUAGUAGGAGCCAUACAUCAUCUCUUUGUCUUACCUCUAUAAUCGGUUCCUAAUGAUUUAGGCCUGCAAGAAGCUUGGGUCUGCUGGAGAUAUUCUGAGCCAUCUCACCUCAUUUGUGUGAAAUAAAUAUCAAACAUGCUGCAAAACGGUGUACACCUGGUUUAUUUUUUCAUGAAAGUACAUUUUUUUAUUUGUACUUUGUAUUAAUAAAGGGAAAUCAGCAAAA